AUGUGGCAAGGCAACUCCGCUAGAGGGGGGCCCCCAGGGGCCCCUCUCCCACCAACAGCAGCAGCAGCAACAGGAGGAGGGGGAGCAGCAUCAGCACCUUCGUCUCCGUCUUCCUCAAUAGCAGCAGCGCCAGCAGCAGCACCUACAGCAGUAGUUGGUACUGCUACGUCUACGACUACUGCUGCUGCUGCGUGCUCCUCUCCUCUUGCUGCUGUAUCUGCAUCUCCUGGGGGCCCCUCUGGUGGUCGUUUUUCUUUGGGUUCCCCUCGUAUUAUUUUAUCUCUUUCUCCUUCCCCUGCUUCUUCUCCUUCUUUCCCUGCCAUGCCUAACCCUCAGGUGCCGCUAGACGCGCAGGUGCCCCUAGAUGCACGGGGGCCCCUAGACACACAGGGGCCCCCAGCCGUAGAGGGGCCCCCAAACACGAAGGGGCCCACAGGCGUAGAGGGGCCCCAACAAACUCCUCAAGGGCCCCCUCGUACCCACCGACAUCGCGAUGCCGAGGGGCCCCUCGAGCCGAGGGGACCCCCUGAGCCUCAUGUUGCCCCCCAACAUAAAGGGCCCCAACCCCCAGACGGUGGGGCCCCCCCCACAGGGGGUCGUCUGCCGCCAGCAUCUAGACCUACAGGGAGGGGGGCGGCAGGGGCCCCUGCGGCCCCUCCAGAAGGCGUGGGGGCCCCUCCCUCCGCGUCAGUUGUGAAAGGCCCCAUUGGGGAGGCGCCCCUAGGGGCCCCCUCUGAGGGAAGGGCCCCCCCUGCAGGGGGUACGCUAGCAGCAUUUAAAGUACCCCUUUAUAAAGAUGGUUCGUCAGGCAAGGGUUUGUGGUUAGUUGGGGGGUCCCUCCCUGAGACAGUGGCCCUUAGGGGGCCCCUCCUUAGAGCUAUUCGUAAACUUAUUGAGGGUACUAUUAAGAGACCAAGGGGGGGGGCCCGAGGGGGCCCCCAAGCCAUUGCCGCUGCCAAAGCUGACGCUAUCAUAAGGCGACUUGACGCUCUUCUUGCGCAGGAGGGGGAAGCACCAAAGCGAUCUCGGGCACCGCGAAGGUCUGCAGUUCAACCAGUAGGGUCAUGUGAGGGGGCCCCUACCGAGACCCCAUCAGGGGCCCCCAAGGGCCCCCCUGGGGGCCCCCAGGGGUCUUGGAGUUCCUCGACUGAUGGAGGAGAUAGGAAGACUACAACAAAAGAAGGGGCACGGGGGCCCCUACGAGACUUGGGGUCCCUUGAGGUGUCUCUGGGGGCCCCCGAUGCAUCCAAGGGGCCCCUCGUUGUCUCUGUGCAGCGGCUGCCUCCGCUGCAGAGGCAGCAAAGACAGCAGCAGGAAACUCCUUCCUUUACAGAUGAAGUCCGGCAAAAGCUCACAGCGCAACUGUGCGAGUCUGCUGCUUCGCUGUUUGGAGCGGCGGAUUCGUUAGUUGAGGAUUUUAGUGGUUGUCCUGCAGCAGAUGUUCUCCCUCAGGCCUGCGCAUCGGAGGUGCAGCGGAUGCUGAGCCGUUGCUGCGUAUUGACGGGACCCCGCCCCUUCCUCCUAUCUGCAGCAGAAAAGGAAAAGGAUUUGGGCGCCCCCCUUGCAGGUCCUCGUGGAUAUGCUUCUGCUGCUGUUUUAGCAGAAGGGGCCCACCGGAUACCUCUUGGUAUGCUGCUGCAGCAGCAGCAGCAAAUAGACCCUCAUUGUGGCGAUGUAUACAUUUCCCUUAAGGAGCCGUCGUCAAAGCAGCAGACAGAAGACCAACGGAACAGCAGCAGCAGCAGCAGCAGCAUUACCAACAAGCAGCAGCAGCAGCAGCAACAGGAGGAGGAGGUUGUAUAUUCUGAGGAUAAGCAGCGUCAACCAAAGAAAGAGGAGCAGCAACAGCAGCAAGAACAACAACAACUGCAGCAGCAGCAGCAGCAUAAGGAUGAUAUAAUGAUAAAGAGGCCUGGUGGUGUUGGUGGUGCAUACAUACCCAUACAGAACGGCAUCAUGAGCAAUAAUAACAAAGAAGAGGAAAAUAAAAGAAAUAUAUUAUAUAAUAAUAAUAAUAAUAAUAUAAAUAAUAAUAUAAAUAAUAAGAAUAAAGAAGAAAAAGAAAAAGAAAAAGAUGAAUAUUUUUCUUUAUAUGAUGCCUUUUCUUCUUUCUGUUCAUCAUCGGAAGAUGAAAUGGCGGAUGGCGUUCCUUUUGAUGAGGCGGAUGGAUUAGCUGAGGUGUAUGUACACCCUACAGCUGUAUCCUUUCUUACUCCUAGAGGAUUUGAUCCAUUAGGUAUGCGUGCUGCUGCAUUGCAGCAACAAACACCAACAGAUCAGCUAUGGGGGUUACUACUUUCCUUACCGCAGCAGCAGCAGCAGCAGCAGCUACAUCCUGAUGCUGCUGCUGAUUGGAUACGUAAACAAAUCAGGAGGAGAAAAAGAAUUCAUAGAAGACAAUUGCUGCUUAGAGCUAUGCAACUCGAAAGAGCUGCUGCUGCUGCUGCACAAGGCAAUUCUGCUGCUGCUGCACUGCAGCAGCUCAGACCACAUGAGCAACACGAACUUAAUAGCAUCUAUAAGCUGCUGCAGCAACAGCAGCAAAUGCAAAAAUGUCUUAAAAAAAGAAAACAAAUGAUGGCACAUGCACAAGCUCAACAACAGAGGCAGCAGCAGGAACAGGAACAGCAACAGCAGCAACAGCAACAACACCAGCAACACCAGCAGCAGCAAACACAAAUGCUGCAGCAGCAGCAACAAUCAAUGAUGCAACAACAGCAGCAACAACAGGACCAACAGCAGCAACACUGCAAGCAAGAACAGCAACAACCCCACACCCUACAGACACUGCAGCAAAACCAAAUUCCUAUGCAGCAGCAUACAAUGCAGCAGCACCAGCAGCAAGUGCAGCAGCAACAGCAAGUGCUGCAGCAGCAACACCAAAUGCAGCAGCAAAAACAAAACUCUGCUCAGGACAACCUCCUGAUGGUGCAGCAACAAGAGCAACAGCAACGCACUCAAGAACAACAACAGCAGCAGCAGCAAUUUCAACGGCAGCUGCAGCAGCCACACAUGCAGCAGCAGAAUUUGCAGCAGCAGCACAUGCAACAGCAGCAUUUGCAGCAGCAGCAUUUGCAGCAACAGCACAUGCAACAGCAGCCCCUACAGCAGCAGCACAUGCAACAGCAGCACAUGCAACAGCAGCACAUGCAACAGCAGCACAUGCAACAGCAGAUGCUACUGCAGCAGCAGGUCGCGCACCAGCAGCAGCAUCCGCAACCGCAUUUGCUGCAGCAGCACCAACUGCAGCAAACGCAGCAGAACCAGCAACCGAGCUCAAAAGAGCAGCAGCAGUUGCUGCAGCAGCACAACCAGCAGCUGCAGCAACAGCACCACCAGCAGCAGUUGCUGCAGCAUCAGCAGCACAUCAUGCAACAACCGUCGCAGCAGCAGCAGCUCGUGCAACAGCAGCACCUGAUGCAGCAGCAGCAACAACUGCUUCAGCAGUAA